AUGGAGCCGGAAACCACGCAGCGCGGCAAGCGCAAAUCGAGAGGCGCGGCCGGCGCGAAUGACGGCUCGUUCUCCGGAAGUGCGCCGGGCAAGAUCAGGCACCUCAAGAAGGAGGACGGCGAGCCGCUCUGGAGACGAGACAUCCAGUACGACUUCCUCAAGGCCGUCUUCGACGACGAGCGGCCAGUCUUCACCAACAACUACGAGGGUGACAAGUCGACCAAGCAGAACUUUGCCGACCUCUACAUUGACACGAUGGCGCGGAGCAGCAAGACCAGCAAGGUCCUUCGCGACAAACUGCUUAGUGAUCGAGAAGCCGCGAAGAGCAUGGCCAUGGUCUGCUUGCUUGUCAACGUCGGUCGGAUGAACACAACGCUCAACUUCUUCCCAGAAAUGCGAGCCCAACUGCGAACCUACCACGCGAUUCCGUCGUUGCAGGCGCGCCAAGAUGCCUCGGCUUACAAGCAGCUUCAGGAUGCGCCUCGUCUCAAGUCCAUCCUCAAGGGUGCUGCCGAAGACCGGAUCGAGCCUAACGACCUCAGCGAGUUCAAGGAAAUUGAUCCGCCUCGCACGAACCCGGUCAACCUCAUCUUUCUCCUCUGUAACCAGGCGGCGCAUGUUGCCGAGCUCCAUUUCCCUCCCGGUUUCGAGUUCCACGAUCUCAUCAUGAAGACCAAAUACACCAGCCAGUCCCGCGCGAAUGCCUUCCUCUGGGUGGUGUGGUUCUACCUUGAGUCUGACUUCACCGAGGAAGGCUGUGAGGAGAACCCGUUCGGAGCAGGCGUCGACUAUGGCACCGACGUGGCGAACCAGGGCAUCCCGCGUCUCGAGGAGAUGACCGAGGAGCAGGAGAAGCAAGAGAACAUUGACCCUCAAGAAGAGGUUGAUUUCGGCCACGAGAAGCAAGCCCACCGAGCCCGGAUCAUUGCAGCCGACCAAGCAUAUAUGGCUGAGCACCAGUCAAAGCGAGGAGCCAGGGCCAAGAACUCUGCAGACGACAGCCUCAGUGCCGCGAUCCUCCCGCGGAUCCGGCCUCCGAAGCACGAGUCAGACAUGGAUAGUCUCCGCUCGCCCACUCCGCCCCGAGGUCUUGGCCGACUGAGCGGUUUGGGCGGACGCCGAGGCGGUGCAUCGCUCAAGUACCAGGUCUUUGAGGGCUCCUCGCCAGCUCCCCAUCAUGGUGGCGACGGCAUCAUGCCACGCAAGCCGAGACCGCCGACGGCGCACCAGCUAGCCGUUGAGAGAAACCGGAACCAGCGCGUCGAGCACAUUCUCGAUCGUGGCCUGAGACGAGAGUACCACAAGGCGCGCAAGGCUCGACGCCAAGAAGGCGUGUUUAUCCGAGCGCGGAAGCGCCUGGAGAGCAUGGACGAUCCCUUCCUGGACAGCGACCAGGAGGAAUACCGCCUGCACCAUGCCCUCCGUGGCGACUUCCGAGACAAGGGCUUCGGUGGUCUCUGUCCGCUCCGGACAGAAGACGACGACUUUGGCGAGGAGUUCAGCACAUAUGCCGCCUCGUUGCGAAGAGUGAACCGCCGGUUUGCCCGCUGGGCUUCCCAGGGGAAGCAAGGUGUUGUGCAGCCGGCCAAGAAGCACAACGAGCAUGAGCACAGCCAAGGCGGUGGCGGCAAGCACGAUGGUCGGGACGCCGGCCAGCACGGCGCCAAGGAUAAUGGCACCGAGAAUGGCAAGACCAGGCUCAACGGCAACAGCAAGGACAGUGGCGACGUGGCGAUGGAGGAUGCGGACGAUCUCGACGACAUGGACAAGGAACUACUUGGGCUUGCCAGCGGCGCCGAGGAUGAGGACGAGGAGCUCGAGGAUGAUGAGGACGGUGACCAGUUUGAAGAGUCCCAGAUGCUACCUCACCAUGACCCUCCCGAGUACGACUCGGACGCGACGGUGUAG